AAGAGACUUAUAGCACUGGCCAAGCUGCUUGGCGUGAUAGGCGUAUUUGGCUUGAUUCUGCAUAUGGGCACGGUCCUGUAUGCGUCGCGCGAGCCGCGCGGGCUGGUCAACCCGGGGGCCAGCGACGACAGCUACGAGGGCUGGACCGGCAAGUUCAGCAGAAACAGCACAAAGGACAGCAUUUACGCGCCGAACGGGCAGAAGCCGGUGCGCGCGGCACUGGUGGCGCUGGUGCGCAACGAGGACCUGUACGACAUGCGCAAGAGCGUGCGGGAGCUGGAGGACCGGUGGAACCACAAGUACAACUACCCGUACAUAUUCCUGAACGACAAGCCGUUUACCGAAAAGUUCAAGCAGGGGAUCCGGGAUCUGACGAAGGCCAAGGUGGAGUUUGGGACACUGGAAGAAGGCACGUGGGGGUAUCCGGCGUGGAUCGACCAGCAGCGGGCGAAGGAGGAGCGGGAGAAAGCAGACUACAUCAAGGGGGGUAGCGAGUCGUACCGGUUCAUGUGUCGGUUCCAGAGCGGGUUCAUCCACAAGCACCCGCUGCUGCGGGACCUGGAGUUCUACUGGCGGAUUGAGCCCGAGGUGCACUACUAUUGUGAUAUCAACUACGACCCGUUCGUGUACAUGAAGAAGCACGGGUUCAAGUACGGGUGGAAUAUUGCGCCGGAUGAGUACGAGCCGACGGUACGCACGCUGUGGAAAACAACGGUGGACUUUAUGAAGGAGAACCCGCAGUACGUGGCGGACAAGAAUAUUCUGGACUGGGUGCGCAACAAGGACAAUACGUAUACCAAGUGCCACUUCUGGUCGAACUUUGAGAUUGUGGAUCUGUCGUUCUACCGCAGCGAGGCGUACCAGGCGUACUUUGACUAUCUGGAUCGCGCUGGCGGGUUCUUCUACGAGCGGUGGGGCGAUGCGCCGAUCCACUCGAUUGCGGUGGCGAUGUUUCUGCAAAAGUCGCAGGUGCACUACUUUGAGGAUAUCGGGUACUACCACCCGGCGAUGUCGCACUGCCCGAAAGGGUCCAAGGAGGGGGGCUCGUGUGUGUGUGAUCCGGGGGAGGGCUGGGCGAACGACUUUACGUGCGCCAAGCGGUGGAGGGCCAUUUCGUAG